GUGAUAGAAACUCUGGCGGCUGUGGCGUUUCAUGCAGAGAAGCUAUUCUGGGAUGUUUCUCAGAGAGUCAGGGCAACAUCUGCCCUCCCGAUACACCAGCGGAGAAGGUGGCAUGCUGCUUUCUGAUAGUCCAACUUCGCUGACUCACAGCUGGGAGGCCUCUGUGGAAAUUCCCACACGCAGACACACACAUGGAGCAGGUCACUCUGCACACCUCUGAGCUUCUGGCUUAGAAAUCUGGUAGAAGGAAGGAAGGAAAGUGACGGGUCGACUCGUAGCCAAGUGACGUCCUGGAACGGGACUCAUCAACACUGCUGCCCAGGAAAACAACAUUGUCCCAUCAGAACUCCCACCUUGUGGAGGUUGGUUGAGAGAGACAAGAGCCAUUCAGCAGGAGCGUCUGGUGGGCAAAAGAAGAAAAGAUGGCAAGUCGACUCCGCAACCCCUUGAAGGAACCGGAGAUCGAGCUCUUUGUCAAGGCUGGCUUGGAUGGGGAAAACAUUGGGAACUGCCCUUUCUGUCAAAGCCUCUUCAUGGUGUUGUGGCUCAAAGGUGUCCGAUUCAACGUGACAACAGUUGAUAUGACCAGGAAACCUGACGAGCUGAAAGAUCUGGCUCCUGGGAUCAAGCCUCCCUUCCUGGUGUUCAACAAGGAGCUGAAAACCGACUUCCUGAAGAUCGAAGACUUUCUGGAGCAGACUCUUUCACCACCCAAGUACCCACGGCUCAUGCCCCAAAACAAGGAGUCCAUGGAUGUGGGAAGAAACAUCUUUGCCAAGUUCUCUGCAUACAUCAAGAACCCCCACAAGGAAACAAACAAGAAUAUGGAAAAAGCUUUGUUGAGAGAAUUCAAGCGUCUGGAUGAUUAUUUAAACACCCCGCUCCCAGAGGAAAUUGACCAGGACUGUGCUGAGGAAGUGCUGGUCUCGAAGAGGAAGUUCCUGGAUGGGAACUGGAUGACAUUAGCAGAUUGCAACCUGCUCCCAAAACUCCAUAUAAUCAAGAUUGCUGCAAAGAAAUACCGCAACUUUGAGAUCCCCCCGGAGAUGACGGCUGUUUGGCGCUAUCUCCACAAUGCUUAUGCCCGCGAUGAGUUCAGCCACACCUGCCCAGCAGAUGAAGAGAUUGAACGCACCUAUGCCAACGUGGCCAAGAAGAUGAGCUAAGAAACUGCAGAGGCCGUUCACGUUGGCACCUGACAUUUCCAACUCUGCACCCAGAAAGAUUCUCAUCAGGGUGCUGUGUUUCACUAUGCUAGUUGCAAGAGACCCAUCCCUCUUGCUCUCGAUGUGCCAUCACACUAGAUCUCAAGGAGUCCUUCAAAACAUCUUAGCAAAAAAGUCUUUUCGCUAUGUCUCUUCUGUCACAUCUAAGUAUCUUCUUUCCAUGAUGAGUUGAGUAUAUGUGUGGGAUUUUUAUCCUUGUGCAUAUGCUCUAUACAUUCCAUACUGUAGUGGUGGUAGAAGUAGCUAACAGCUCGUGAGCCUAUGGGCAUGGCUAGUAUGUGACAGUGGUGGCUUGUGACCGUUGCGAUUGGUAGGGCAGAAAACAAGGAGCCCACUAGUAGGUGGAGUCAGAGCCAAUGACAGGCGGAGCCAACAAAUUCUAGUUUUGUUCCCCAUCCUUCUACCUGCUGAGUUUUACAAGGGCAACACUGAGACUAAGGAGGAAGAAUCUGAUAGCCAGUGGCAUCUCCUGGACUGAUUGUUGUAAGCAGCUGCGGGCAGACUGAGGUUGGUGGGCAGUGACCCUUCACCCUAAAGGAGCAGCCUUAGUAGCAGAGCUGGCCCUACCACUAGGCAAAGCGAGGCAGUGUGCUGGCUGGGGCUGAUGGGAGUGUAGUCUGGAACUUCUGGAGGGCACUAGGUUGGCAAAGGCUGUUUCCUCUGGCAAGACAUGGUGACUUAGAGAAUGCUCCAGAGGAAGAAGGUCCACGAUGCAGUUCUAAUGCUGCAGUUAAGCAGAUUUGUCCCUUUACCCCCUCAGUAUUUCCUGAGUGAUCUCCCAUACUCUUAACCUUUCUAAGCUCUUUAUAAAAAACAAAACAGAAAGGAAAUAGAGCCUUGACCAAAACUUCAAAUGCAUCAAGGGCAGUUUGGACGGCACCCUUGUGUUGUCCAGUUCUGCAGCGGCUGCUGGAUUUGCAUGUCUAGACCUGUAAAAAUGGGAAAUUGGUUUUGUAGGCCUGGAAAAAGGGGAUGAUUCAAGUUAGGGCAGUGGAACAAGAAUCCCCAAAAAGGGACUGCUGAAGAUAAUGGUGGAGGCAAACACCCUGAGAUAACUGUGUUUAGUCCUUGUGUUGUUUUUACUGGGCUUCCUCCCAAGCCACACCUGUGUCAACUGGACACUUGCCAGUUUCUCACACUUGUCAGCAAACGGUGAAGGUUCACCCUUCAACGCCAGCUGUGUUUAUUUUUGAAUGUCUGCCCUUCCGUGCUCUCUCAGCCUUGCAAGGCAGAGCCAACUACAAAUGAUUCUCAUGGACAGAAGUACUACUUAACUAUAAGCUAUGCGACCAAUGUAGUGUUUUGAAAGAAAGAAAGAAAGAAAGAAAGAAAGAAAGAAAGAAAGAAAGAAAGAAAGAAAGAAAGAAAGAAAGAAAGAAAGGAAGAAAGGAAGAAAGAAAGAAAGAAAGAGAAAAUAUAACACGGGCACAAUGCUGUGUGUGGUAAGGUUAGGUCUUUGCUGUGAGGGGAGGCAGUAGGUUUCCCCCUAGGGACUGGCGAAUCUGAUUUCUUUGUUUUCUCAUCAGUUUGUGGAUUUAUAUUUUAUUAUUAUUUUUUCCUCAUGAAAAUUCAUUGGCAUUUUCAUGUAAAUUUCUCCUAACAUACACAUUUUUGCAUGCGAUUUUGCCUGGUGUACACAUGUUGGCAAAGCGAUUUCCCUUAAAAUAAUUCAUUUUUGUAUGUUAUUUUCACUGAUGCAUGCAUUUUCAUGCAUACUUUAUACUAGCAUAGGAAUUUCUGUACGUAUUAGUUGGCUGGAGAAGUGCACUGUAAAAUUCGGAGAAGUUUGAAUUUCAAAAGACGGCUGUGUUUCAGUUCACAUCUUGAUUCAGGAAGUGCAGAUUAGGUGGAUUCGCCUUUGAAUGUGAACGGAAUUGAAUUUCUCCCCUGUUCCUCGCAACAGAUUCCCACCCCUUUUACUUUCAACAAAGACAGUUUUUCCUCCCUCCCAGUAACAUGAUUGGAAAACAUAUACCUAUUAAAUGCCUGCUUGGGAGUCUAUGAAGACAGUCAUCUCCAAAUGCUGCCAUUUUCUACCCAUAACCCUCCAGGUUCUUCAUUGGCUCCACCUCAGUUGACAAGAUUCUGCCCUAACUGUGUCAGUUGCCCACCUGAUUUAAUUGCUAGUGAUAGUGUAAAAGGGUAAUAGCAAUGUCUGUAAUGUAAUCAAAGUAAAUGCUCUGGGGUAAACAAGUAAAUAUAUUGCUGUCCGAAGGAUAAAUUCCAGAGGGAUAGCUGUUUUUUGCAGCAAAAAACAGGGGGUGUGACACCCCAAAGGUUUAAUCAAUGUAUUGUGGCAUAAUAAGUGGUACUGGGACAGAGCCCAGUUCAUCACUCAUGGGAAUAUAGGAAGAUGUCUUAUACUGACAGUCAGACCAUUGGUCCAUCUCAUCUUGUUUACAUGGACUGGUAGUAGCUCUCCAGGGUUUUAGCUAGGAGACGCUAACAGCCCUACCUGGAGAUGCUGGGGAUUGAACCUGGGACUUCCUGUUUGUAGAGCAGGUGCUCUGCUAUUAAGCUACAUCUCUUUCCAUGAAGUCAGCAUUUUAGUGUACAUUUUUCCUAAUAUGCACAUGUUUGUAUGCAAUAUUGCCUAAUAUGCAUAUUUUUGCAGGGUAAUUUCCCCAAAUAUAAUGCAUUUUUCUGUUAUUUUGACUCAUAUAUGCCUUUUUAUGAACACUUUACCCUAGUAUGUACCCAUUUGUACAUAUUCCUUGGCUGGAGAACUGCACUGCAAAAUUCAGAGAAGAGCUAAUUUUGAAUGGUGGCUGUGUUUCAGUUCUCAUAUUAUUUCAGAAAGGGCAAGAAGUUGGUUCACGUUUAAAUGUGAACUGAUUCAAAUUUAUCCCCCAUUCUUAGCUGUGGAGUGGUUCACAAAAGCUCUGGAAAGGGAUGGAAGCUCAGUGGGAAAGGACCUUGCUUUGCAUGCAGAAGGUCCCACGUUCAGUCCUUGGCAUCUCCAGUUAGAAGGACCAGGUGGCAGGUGAUGAUAAAGAUCCAGGACUGGCCCUGCCAGCAGGGUGAAGUGACUUGAUUCAGGUGACAUCAUGAAAGGGGGUGGAAGCAGGAACUGGUUUCUCAACAGUGCAGUAGGGAUGGGCAAAUAAGUCAAUUUCAGUUUCUCAUUGUUCAGAUCUGAAGUUCAGUUCUUCACAUUUCCACAUCAGUUUGCAAUUAAAAAAAAAAAAGUCUUCCUGAAAAUUCAUCAGCAUUUUCGUGUGAUUUUCUCCUAUAUAUUUUUGUCUGCAUUUGUUCCCAAUAUACCCAUGUUUGCAAAGCAGUUUCCCCAAAUAUAUUGUGUUUUUGUAUGUCAUUUUCACUAGUAUAUGCAUUUAUAUGUAUACUUUACCCUAGUGUGUGUAUUUACGUGGCUGGAGAACUGCAUUCCAAGAUUUGGAGAAGUGUAAAUUUCGAAGGAUGGCUGUGUUUAAGUUCGUAGUUUACUUUGUAUUACUGUAAUGAUAAUAAACUUUAUUUUAUAUACAA